AUGUCAGAUGAUGAGUCCAUUGUGGGCUCAUCAGAUAAACAGGAUGAAGAUUCUUAUCCUACAUCACAAUCUGACACAGAUAUCGUUGAUAAUGACAAACUAUCGCAGAAUUACGGAGCAGAAUUAUAUUCAAUGCUCGAUUCAGAAGAGCAAAAACAAAUUUCACUACGUAAUUCAACCAUGAGAAAUAAAGCCAAGUCCUUAAACAAGACGAAACUACAAGAUUUAACAAAAAAGGAACUUCCAGGAUUAUACAUUAAUAUUUCUAGCCAAAAUGAUUCUGAAAAAUUAAAAUCAAAACCCAAAGAUCAAAAAACACUGAGAAAUAUUCUUGACCUUUACAAACUCCACUCCUUUCUCAAAACGGCAAGACUUCCAUUUGUAGUACUACUCGAUAUUGAACUUAACCGUCUGCUACAAUGGCUUGCGCCAACAGAAGAAGAGAAAUUAGCUAAAGAGCAGGUUUUAUUGCAGUUGGAAAUAGUUGUCAACGCGUUGUUCCCUCAUGGUAAAUUGAAGGUUUUCGGAUCCUACUUGACCGGUUUGUCGUUACCGGGAGCUGAUAUCGAUGUGUGUAUUCAUUCGGAAGGAGACCAACUAUGCAUAUUGAAUAUGGUCGUUUACGCACUUAAUAGGCUAGGACUAGUUCAUUCGUUUGAGUGCAUUUAUAACACUACAGUUCCUGUAGUCAAAUUAGUAGAUAAAAGAACAGGAGUUAGAUUAGAUUUGAGCGUGUACAAUGACUCAGCUUUCAAAACUACCAAAUUCAUACAGGAAAUGUGCCUUAAGUACAAGUAUAUGCAGCCUCUGAUACUCUUGAUAAAGUUAUUCCUCCAGUCUAGGAGCCUUGGAGAUACAUAUUUUGGAGGAGUGGGAUCGUACCUGCUGUACUGCAUGGUGCUGAGCUUUCUACAGCUCCACAACUCGACAACAAAUAACACAUUCGAUGACAAAAACUCAUUAGCGACUCUCUACGUAGACUUUUUCUACUACUGGGGGUUCGUCAGAGACUACAAACAAUUCACUACAACAGUCCGGGGACUAGGCCACGUUUACCCUAGGGCACUCAGGAAAGAUAAAUCGGAUAAUACUUUUAGCUGCGAAAAUCCUCUUGACAACACAGUUGAUAUUGGAGCCAAUUCAUUCAACAUGCACACUGUGAUUUCUUCAUUCCAAAACGCAUUUAUGGUAAUUUUAUUAAUAACUCAUUUAAUAUAUGUACUGAAGAGUAUAGAGUCAAAUGUGCCUAAUUGGUUUCCAAGCAAGGAAGUGUCUUUCGAGAUGAACUUUUCCACAAUCCUCGAGUCAAUAUAUGACAUUGGUCACCCUAUUUUCCAAUAUAGGAAGAGUAAAAGGUGCUCCAACAUCCGAAACGAGUUCUUUCCAGAGAACUCUAAAACAAUGAUUUCCUCAUUAGAGACUGUAAUAAACCACCUAAAGAAGACAUUUGAUGGUACUAAAACUAACACUUUCAAUGCGCAGAGGCACCUAAUAGAGUCAUUAUCAUUGGGAAGUGAUGAUGUAACAAUCGGAGAAGAAAUGCCUUUUUACAUUGUAGCCGAGGCUGUUGGGAGAGACAAAACUAAACUUAAAUCUUAA